AUUUAUACGGAGGGAGUAGCAAAUUACCAAGUAAGCCCUUGGGCAGUACCCAUCCAUCCUUUCCCCACACAUGAUAAUCUAUCCAACAUCACACCCUAGCCAGUAGCCACACCGAUAGAUCGAUCACUAGCCAGCUCUCUCUCUCCCUCUUCCUCUUGCACACCACGCUUCUCUCCCCCGGCCUGCUGCUUCAACACUAGCUAGCUGCCUAGCUCCCCUAGUACAAACGCCAAGAACCAAAGAGAAGCAACGAACCCCGAGCCGUACGAAUCGAUUAUCGAUCCGAUCGAGCAUCCGCCGAUGUCGGGCGCGAGCCACCACCUCUCCGGCGACUUCUUCCACUUCGGGCACGACGACCUCGCCUCCCUCUUCGCGUCCUCGACCCAGAUGCAGCAGCAGCAGAUUCAGCAGCCGUGGCCGUUCCUCGCGGCGGACUACCUGCUGCAGCAGCACGCCAGCGCGCCGCCGCCGCUGGACUUCGACGACGCCUCCCCGUUCGACUUCGACUUGCCGCCAGCGGCGGAGGAUCAGGUGAAGAGGGAGCUGCUGCAGGCGGCGGACGGCGCCGGCGCCGUCGGGAUGCCUGGCGGCGGGCCGGGCGGGACGGGGACGCCGCACAGCGUGUCGAUGUCGUCGACGUCGAGCGGCGCCGGCGCCUGCGCCGGAGGUGGGGAAGGGGAGUCGGCGGGGAAGUCCGCCAAGGAGGAGGGAGAGGGCGACGAAAGCAUGGAGGGAUCGGCGGCGGCCAAGGGCGGUACUGGCGAUGGAGAGGAUCAGAAGGGCAACAAAGGGAACAACAAUGGGAAAGGGAAGAAGAAGGGCGGUGCAGCAGAGAAGGACAAGCGGCCUCGGCAGGCGCGGUUCGCGUUCAUGACGAAGAGCGAGGUGGACCACCUGGAGGACGGCUACCGCUGGCGCAAGUACGGCCAGAAGGCCGUCAAGAACAGCCCCUUCCCAAGGAGCUACUACCGGUGCACGGCGCAGAAGUGCCCGGUGAAGAAGCGGGUGGAGCGGUCGUUCCAGGACGCCGCCGUGGUGAUCACCACCUACGAGGGCAAGCACACCCACCCCAUCCCGGCCACGCUCCGGGGCAACCAGCACCACCUCCAUCUCCUCGCACAGCACCCACACUUGCACAACAACAACAACCCCAAUUACUUGCUCCGGAUGCCGGCACCGCCGGCUGCUGCCGCUGCCUUCUUCCCCCCAGGUCCCGGCGCCAGCUUCCUGCAGCAGCACGCCGCCACAUUGCAGGCAAUGCAGCAGCAGCAACAGCAGCAUGGUCUUCGUGGCUUACUACCGGCUGCCAAUAUGGCCGGCGGCGUCACGAUCACGAGCUCUGCCGCUGCGACGACGACGGCGUCGAUGGCGGUGGGGAGUGGCAGCAGCAGUGCCAGUGCUCCGGCUCCGCCGCUGCGGAUGGAGCACCUCAUGGACUACGACGGGCUCCUGCAGGACAUGCUGCUGCCAUCUUCCACCUUCAUCCAGCACAACGAUGACACCACCGGCAAUAUCAACAACCGCCGUUGAUCGAUCGGUCGGCGAGAGAGAUGGAGCUAGCAUUCGAAGAUCGAUCGAGUGGUCUCUCGAUUUGUUCGCUCUCCUUGACUUUUAAUUUGGUACUGAUAUAUGACGUGCAUGAGCAUGAUGAUGCAUAUGCAUGCAUGGAUCGGAUCCCUAUGAUAUGACCAUCGAUGAGAUGCUUGAUCGAUCGAUGAUGAUGCAUGAUGUGAGAUCUAGCUUAAUUAGCAGCAGCAGGAGGUGUGUAGUAGUACCAGUACUAGGCUAGUUGUUGUACCAUGUACUCCGUAUAUAUGCUCACUAGCUAGCUAGCUAGUUCGUACUAGUGUGCCAUUCCAUUUUUGCACUUUGCACGACUUGAUAAAAGUGCAGAAUCGGUACGUACGGUGUGUGCUUAAUUUGGUUCAUCGUACGACCAUGAUGCAUGCAAGGGGCCAGGGUUAUUCUCCUUGCGAGGUCCACAUGCUCAUGAUUGUUCUUGAUGACAAGAUAAUUAAGGAUCUUGCAUGGCUA